CCUAAGUGAGGGAGUUUCGACAUUUUCUAGGUCACUUUGAUAUUUGUUAACAGUUGUAAAUGACGAAUUGAAUGUCCUCUAGUUUAAAGUUAUGCAGAAUGCUCACUUCAUAGUUAGUCGUGCCAUAUUAAGUUCUACUAAGGACACAUUUCGACGUUGCUUUAACUUGUCUACCAAACAUUUAUUUACUACGCCUUACUUGGUCCAUAAAAUCAGGAUAUCACGUCACACUCGCAUUGAUUUAUUCAACAGGAAUUUUAGCUCUUCAGGUCCCAAGAGUAUUACUGAUUCUCCAGUUGAGAAGAUCAAUGCUAAAGUGGUUCCAAAAAUUAAAACAAGCUUUUCUUAUGAUGAUUCUGUCAAGUCUGUGAAGUAUAUCACACCACUUAGAGCAUUACGCGAAUAUAUGCUUACAAAACAUGAUUUAGAUCAGUUACCACGUUAUUACAGCCGAAGUCCGUAUGGCAAUGAAACUAAAACUCUUGUUUUCCUCCGAUCAGAUGUAGAGCAAAUGGCUUACGCAAAGCACGGAGGCCAUGAUGAUUUUGAGUUACGACGGAAACUCAUGAAGGAUAUGGAGCGAAGAACCAAAACAGAAAUCUUCAAUUUAAGGAAGGCCUUAAAAUACCUUCAAAACUCAGCAGAAGCCAAGGCGACUGGGACUUCGGUUUUUAUGGAUAAACGGAAAAGUUUGUUUACGUCGGGCCCUGGUCGUGUUGUUCUUUUCGCAAUAGCAAUAAAUGGUCUCAACGUCGCUGCCAAAGCCUUCGGUUGGUGGUAUACUGGUUCUAAAAGCAUGUUUUCUGAGUUGAUGCAUUCGCUUGCGGAUACGAUGAAUCAGGUUCUCGUUGCUUAUGGUCUAUAUUCAUCACUUCAGAAACCAGAUGAAACGCAUCCGUACGGUUAUAUUCCAAUGCGUAAUGUAUCAUCGUUGAUAAGUGGUGUUGCCAUUUUUUUCCUGGGAGCUGGUCUUACAUUUUAUCAUAGUGUCCAGGGCAUUUUGGCGCCUCACGAAUUUGAAUCUGUUAAUCUGGCUUUGAUGGUCAUGCUAGGUUCGCUUUUAUCCGAAGGAAGCACCUUGGCGUUGGCUUAUCGCGAAGCUAAAAGAAGUUCAAAACGUCAAAACUUCUAUUCUGUUAGACAUUGGUUGUUUUCCGGAGUUGAUCCAAGUACUAGUAUGGUUUUAUUAGAAGAUUUGGCUGCUGUCAUUGGUGUUGUUGUGGCAGGGUCAGCUAUGGCUGUAACUGCUUUCACUGGACAUGUUUUACCUGAUGCGAUUGGAGGGAUUUGUGUUAGUGCAAUUCUCGCUACAGUGGCUGGUCUGAUCAUACAUACGAAUACUGAAAUGUUAAUAGGAAGAGCUAUUCCGGUUGAAAAUCAAGAGGCAAUUAUGCGUGUGAUGGAUAACAUAAAAAUUAUUCGCGGGACAUACGACAUAAAAACAACUAUGAUUGGUGGUGAAGAAAUACGAUUCAAAGCAGAAGUUGAUAUUGAUGGUCGAGAACUUACUAAACGUUACCUAGAAACUUUAUCAUUAGACGAUCUUCUUCAGGAGGUGAAAAAUGUCAAAACUGAACAGCAACUGGCUCAUUUUAUGUUGAAACAUGGUGAUAAUUUAGUGAACACACUAGGCGCAGAAAUUAAUAAAAUUGAAGAGAAAAUUAAGGUAAUACACCUUUUUAUUCAGUUUUCUAUAAUUUGAAGCAACCUUCGUCAGUGACUGACGUCAGAUAGUGAACCGUUAAAAACCAUAAUGGGCUAUUUCUGUUAGGUUUGUUACUUACCACAAAGAACCCCAUCCAGUAUCUAGACUUGGAUCGUCGUUAUAAAGUAUAAGGAAUUCCCCAAUGUAACUCAUAUCGACAUUGAGAUUAACUAAAUACUGGAUUUCCGAUUUAUUAUCACUAUUCAUUUCGCGGACUUCCCUUGCUGCAUAUUCCUGGCUUUUCUGUGAUUUGAGAUCCAUAUCGCACUGUGUAUAGUAAUAUAAAAUAUAUGUACACAAAAACAAAUUUAGUAAACAUUUUUGCUACGUAUUAAAAUUCUUUUCCGGAA